GUGAGGAAACAAAAUGGCGGCUGGUUUGGAGAAAAAGUAAUUUCUCCCAGUGGUAUUAUGAAUAACAUCGAACUGAAAAACUAUAAAGAAUUUGUCAUGUUGUACAACAAAAUGGUAUCAGAAUGUUUUAAAAGCUGUAUCACAACAUUCAAUGAAGGACGCUUAACAGCAAACGAGCAAGUGUGUGUGAAUGAGUGUGUAAACAAAAUGGUAAAUGUGAAUCAUCGAAUAAUGUCAGUCUUUAUGGAGAUUGGUCCACCAGCUGAUAAAGAAAUGGGGAUGGGUGGAUCUGCUGGAUCGUUAACCAGAUGAUAAUUCAAUCAUAAAGAAGUUAAUUGUGACUAAAAGAAUGUCUGACUUGGAACAUCCACAUUGACUGGUUUCUAACAGGUCGCUAACGACAGGGAUAUUCUAUACAAAAUUGGAGAAAUAUCUGAAAUACCCCGCUGUUAAUAGAAUUUGGAUGAGGCAAGCGGACAAAUCUUUCUAAGAAUUAUAAAUAUAUAUUUUAUAUAUAAUAGUGGUCAACAGGCGCUUUUUCCUUCACCUCAAAAAUGAUCAGCCGGAUUCGCUACAUACGAAAUUAUACAUUGGCGGAUCAAAUCAGUUACGAUAAAGAAUUUCAGAGAUUGAUAUUAUGAUUUAUCUUAAGAUGUGGCUCUUACCAUGUGGCAAAACAACCCUUCCCGAAGCACCCGAGUUGUAUAUACACAGAGUUUGUAAAAGCAAUUCCUCAUUACGACCGCUUCGGCUUCGCCCACAUUGUAAAAAUAUUUUAUAGAUGCAUGCCAUGCAUGUACUGUAGACGUUAGAUUUUCAAUGUUCGUCUUUUUUGCCAUCAAACCUGGUACUAUGCUUAUUUGUUACAUUAAUAGUGUAUAAAUGCUUUCUUCGUCAUAUAAAAACACUGUGUUACAAAUCAUAGUGACUCAUGGCAGAUCAGCCAUCCUAGCGAGAUCCAGCUGGCAUCCUCCUCCACUCUCUCCCAACAAAGGACAAUCAUGCACGCGCCAUUCAACUUACCUCGUCUUCCUCGACUGCUUUGAUUGAUAUAAAGUAAGCAGCAAUAGCUACACAUCGCAAAUACUUCACUCUAACCUGAAAUUAAAAUAAACGAAUCGGUCAUAUCAUAUACUGUAUUUACAGUAUGUAUUUGAUGCAUUCAACUAAAUUGAUUGGUUUAAUUACGGCAUUUUAAUUGGUGAUUUGAGAGAGUUAGACCGGGCCUCAGGGGUCAGACUUUUUUGUACCUUACGUAAGUUAAAAGUCAUCACUGCAUAUGAUAUAGUAAACUUUCCGACUACUUUGACUGGUACUGGAUACAUGAUGAAACAUGAAACACAAGAAUAACUGAAGCACAAGAACAAUUGAUUUCAUUGUUUUAUCCUUCCUUUAUUUACCUUCG